AAAGAAGUUUCUCCUCGGUCAAAAUGGCGGCAUCGGACAAUGUAAUAGUUAUAGAAAAUGACGGCCAUUUUCAGUCGGAAAUGGCGAAAGCUGGCGCCAAACUGGUAGUUGUAGACUUUACAGCAUCUUGGUAAGUAGAAAAUUGCAUAACUGUGAAUCGCUCCCAAAGAGAAGGGUUGGAUUCUUGAGGAAGUGUCAGUGUGCAUGGCCCGGAUAUGCAAAAAUUUUUCGAGUCUUAACAAUUGACAAAAUGAGUUUGCUACCGACUGGCUCGUUUGGAUAUUCAUUACGUUUUGUGAGCAAGCGAAAAUAAGUAAGUGAAAUUGACCUCUUUGUAGCCGAUGUUUUUUUUGUCAUAUUAUCAUACUUUCACAAAUUCGGCAAGACAAGCCGGUGGGUCAUGACUCAGCAGUUGCUAAAGAUAAAGUUCCUUAAAGUUGUAAUGUCUUUCAACAACUUCUUCCUUUGCCCGAAUAUAUUUUCAAGCCAGCUCAAUUAUUGCGAAUAACCGCUAGAAACUUUCAAGGAAGAGUUGUUCAAAGCUCUGUAUUCUAAUGAAGUGUUAUAGUUUAGUGUCUACAACUUGCAAGUGAGCACUUUGUGCUAAUCGACUAAUCCUUUAACUCCCAUGAGUGACUAAGACACAAUUUCUCCUUGCAAUAUCAAUAUAAUAUUCAGUGGACAAGUGAUGAGAAUAGAGAAAAAUUAUAAUCAGAGGAUUAUUUGUUGGUCCAAUACCAAAUUCUCCUAGCUAACAUUAUGAGAAUGAUAUAGCAGAUAGUAAGGGGAACUACUGAUUAGAUCAUGGGAGUGAAAGGGGGGGAAAUAUAUUUCAUUCCUCUGUUUAGAUUUACAUGUAAAUGUACCUAAAGUAACUGACAGUCCUGACACAUUAUGAGCAUGGCCACCUGCCUGUAGUUUCUAGGCUCAUACAGAGGGUCCUAUCGUGUUAAUUUUUUUAAUAACUGAAAAAAGAAGCAAAUAUUCUAAAUAUGAAGAAUAAUGCAUAUUGCAGACAUAGUUACAAAAUACGUACAACAAGUAGUGCAGCUUAGUAUUGUUUAUGACAGCAAAAUGAGAAUGUUUCUCUACAGUAGGUCUGAUUAACCGCAAUUCUAGUUACAUGUUGCUUCUACAUGUGUGUGGUCCCUAAAAUCCAAAUCCUUGAUUUCUUGUCUCUUAAUUCACCUUUUGGGCUUUAGAUUUCACGUGUACUAUCAUGUGAUUUUUGAUGUAAACAAACCCCAAAAGUUCGGAAAUCGAGUCAAGCUCGCCGCACAUGUAUCCAAACUUUGGCUUUGGAAAUUUUUCUUAAAUAACUUCCCACUUUCAAGAAGCGUGUCUUUGCUCAAAAUUGACAUCUUUCUUUUGUCAUUUAUUUGAUCGUUUAUUAAGCAAGUUGUCAUUUCGCUGCCGUUGAAGCAGAUGCGAAGAAUGUUACAGGAAGUGUUCUGGCAUGGAAUAAUCGAACUAGUUCUGCGUACAGUGAUGUAUCUGAUUGGUAUUUUCAGGGUGUUUAGUAUGUAGAUUGUCAGAUAAAUCCCUGUCCGACAGGAAAUUAGUGCCCACGAAUCGCUGUAGAAUGUGAGGAAACCUUGAUUCCCAAAAAUAAAACCGAUUUCAACUCUACGAAUGUGUACGAUUGAAGUUGUUUAGUAAGUGUAUACCUAAACAUAAUGGUUACGACAAAGAGAUGAGCUUAUGGCACCUUAAAAACAAUUCACGAUACCUCAACUGCUGGGUAAGAAACGCUAACAGUGACCCAGUCAAGUUUUUCCAUUUUCCGGGGGCAGUUGGUGGAUAAGGUUGUCAUCGAGGUGACUCGUUUGUGUGCAUGAAGGACAGCUCAAUGACAUAACCUUAUCCACCUUUGCCUUCUCUCCUUUUGUCCAACUGCGAUUCGUGUCAAUUUUGAGCGAAGACACGCUUCUUGAAAGUGGGACGUUAUUUAAGAAAAAUUUCCAAAGCCGAAGUAUGGAUACAUAUGCUGCAAGCUCGACUCAAUGUCCAAACUUUCGGGGUUUGUUUACAUAAAAAAUCACGUGAUACUACACGUGAAAUCUAAAGCCCAAAAGGUGAAUUAAACAAAUCCCUUUACCGCAAUCUGGAUGCUUGCUCAUUAUCUGCUUUACUUCAUUAGAAGUAAGUAACCCUAAGAAUUUUACUAAUAUUUAAUCUAAAGCUACAUGGUAUUUGUUUUCUUUAUUUCAGGUGUGGCCCUUGUAAAUCAAUUGCUCCAACUUUUUCAAAUUAUAGUACUAAGUAUACAGCAGCAGUUUUUUUGAAAGUUGAUGUGGACAAAUGUGAUGUAAGUAAACUUUUGACAUACAUAAUGUCAUUAAUACAAAACAAACAAAUCAAAGCAAAGUUGUUUUUUUAGAAUUAUUACUGGAUGCUUGAAGGCUCUUGUCUCAAUUGAUGUAAUUUGUGAUAAUUUCAAUUAAGGGUUAGUGAAAAACUCUCACUCUCCCUAGAGCAUUUGAUGACAACCACAACCUCAUGAUGGCUGUUAAGUCCAAUCCUCACUUGUAACAGUCUGUCACAGUGGGUACACAGAUUGCAGGAGGUGCUCCAGGCUGAGAGCCAGCACUUGCUCUGCUUAAUGCCAUUACUGGUGUUUCUUUUUUGCUAUUCACUUCCCUUGCUGCCACACCAGUUUAAAUCACAGUACACAUCUAGAUCAGUGAUAGACUGCUGUAUACAUGAUUACAAAAUCCAAAUAUUUCAGGGAUUCAGAUUUCUUCUUUGUUCCACAUCUGUGGCAAAAGGACUAUUUUUUUAUUUUUUGAUAGAGUUAAAAAUUUCAUUUGGUACCAAUUCAACAGCAAUCAACAACAACAUGAAUGCAUUCAUAUAUUUUUUAUGUUAGUUUGAAAUAAUAAUGUUUGAAAUGUCUUUCUUUUAUUAUUGUUAUACUGUCUUAAAUUUUUCACACUUAAUUGUUACAUAUUUUUUGUAUUCUAUACUAUUAUAUAGCAGGUCCACAUCAGCAUUUUGUUGUUAUUUUACAACCUGCAAAUAAAGUAUGUAUGUAUGUAUGUAUGUACGUACGUAUGUAUGUAUGUAUGUAUAUUUACCAUCUUUUGGUAUCUUUUUAAUGAAUUUUUGUAGGACAUAGCAGCCAGGCAUAAGGUGACUUCUAUGCCCACAUUCCAGUUUUUUAAGGGCAAAGUGAAGGUGGAUGAAAUGUCAGGAGCUGAUCCUAAGAAACUGGAGGAAAAAAUAAUUCAAUGGAUUGGAGAUAGUGAUAGUGAGGCUGGAGUUAAGGGAUAUGUAAGUCAUGGAGUUCUUAAAAAAUUGAUUGUACAUGUACACAGCUGACAUUUAAAUGAAACUGCAGACUUAGGAAAAUUAUUAUGAAGAAUGUUGUGCACAAACAACAUGCAAAGUUAAAAGCAUUCCAAGUUUUUUAUGUGAAAGGUAGCAAAUAGUUUACAUAUUUGCAUGAAAUCAAGAGUAUCAUACAAUUUUCAUGAUUUCAUGAAAGUCUCAUACAAUCUUUACAAUUUUGAAGUAAUCACAAUCACUUAACUUUGUACAACUAUAUUUGAGCAUACUGGUAGGUAUAAUUAUAUUAAAGGCACCUUCUAUUAGAAAUUACCAGAAAAUCACAGGCUUACAUAAUAAAAUAAAUGUAGAUCUCAAUGAUUGUGCAGAGCUCACAACACCCCUUGUGAAUUGUGCUUUAAAUGUAUUGUAUGUAACAGCAUUAAGUUAUGUGGAAGACACAAGAAGCACUAGGGCUGAUUAUAUUAUUUAAUGAGGGAUAUCUUUGCAUAGAUCACAACUGACAAAAAUUGCCUUUUAUUGGAUCCAUUUUACGUAUUAAUUAUGAUAUCAAUACUAAUGUUUCAGAUGGAUUUAGGAAUAUUUAUUAACAAGAGUGGAUGUGAAUGUUUAAAUGAAAGUGAUGACCACCAUCUGUCAGCUGCUCUGGCAAAGGGACCUGACUUCUUGGAAAGUGACUGUGAUGAACAGGUACAUAAACUGCAAAACAAUCUAUGAUAUGAAUUCAAAAUUAAUGAUUACUAUGAUGCGAACAAAACUCACUUUCACUUGAAAAGUUUUGCACUGGGGCUCAUUUUGAAAUUGAGGAUAGCUUUUCAGAAAUUCUAAAUAACGUAUUGAUCUGAUGAGCUGUAAGUCCAAAGCUUAAAUACUCUUGUUGCCCAUAAAACAAAGCAUUAUUUUGUGACUCAAGAACUGGACUCCUUGUAGAUGGGGAGCUAGUUAAUCAUGAGUAAUACCAGCCAUACAUUCAACGUGUUUUUCAGUCUUAUCUAUAUCCCUUUUUAUAGGGAAGUACAGAGAAAGUAACAUUUCAUACCCAAGAACAAAAUUAAAUGUGUUGAACCCAACCAGGUUGUCUCAUACCCAGGCUGUCAUCCACACUUACACUAGCUACACCUUCCAGACUAAGAAUUUGUGGCUCUGACCACUGACUGCAUUUUCUCAAAACACUCAUAACUGCAAUGAAUUGUAAAGUUCAUCAAUCCACAGUGUUCCUUGUUUGAGUUAUGAUAGUGAUCAGUAAUGGAGGAUUUUUAAAAUUGUCUUUUUAGUUACUUAUAACAAUAGCUUUCAAUCAGACUAUCAAGCUACACUCACUCAAGAUUCAAGGACCAGGAGAUGGUAAGUGUCAAUCAAAAAGGGUCAUUUUAUGGUGCUGACAGCAGGGUCAAUAACCUUCCAGUUCUUGUUAAUACAUUUUAACCUACUAGAUUUUAUUAUUUUAUUAUAAAAUGUUUCUGAUUUAUUUUCUCUUUCACUCACUGCAGGUAGAGGACCAAAGACAGUCAAGUUGUUCAUUAACCACACAAAAAGCAUGGAUUUUGACUCAGCAGAGAGCUUUGAAGCACUGCAAACUCUUGAGUAUGCCAUAUUGUUCUGACUUCUCUUCCAAAAACAUUUAGAUGCCAAGUGAACUAUUGACAUUUCAAUUGAAUUUGUUCCAAAUAAGAACAAGUGGCUUCUUAGUUAGCCUUCAUCUUUAUUUUCGAUAAUUUCCUUGUCUGUACCAGUAAAAGUAACACAAGAUAUAUACAGCAGCCUUUAUGGUCAUCACAAGCAAACCCUAAUCACAAACUUUGAGGUGUUUCAGUCCUGGGUGGCUUACCCCAUUUGUGUUCUUAAAAAAAAAAAAAAGAACCACUUAACUCUGGCAUCCGUGGUGUAAAUGUUUACUGGCAAAUUAAAAUGUAAAUUUAAAAACCUGCUGGGAACUACAUGUAUCUGGUAUAGAAUUUGGAUGUUACCACUUGCACCCAUCCAGGAGUAGUCACAAUACUCGUGUCACUUCAUGUCACAGAAACUGGGAUAAGCUCAUAGCAGUAGCUGUGAUAAUUAGUCUUGUUUAGCCAUGUACUGUAUUGCCAUAUUAACCACUCCAUGCUAAAUAGGUUAACACCAGAAGAUUUAACAGAGGAUGCAAUCAUUCCACUGAAGUUUGUCAAAUUUCAAAAUGUCCAAAGCCUUACGGUUAGUUAAAUUGAAUUCUUUUUGAUUACUUCAUGUUCCUUAAAUCUUGAAAAGAGGGAUUAUACAUGUUAAAUUUACCAGUUUGUUUUUCUAACCCUUUCACCUUAGCCAAUGAAAAGCAAGGAAAUUUGAUAAGCUGAAGUACUGAUACAAGCUGUGUUCUUUACAGUCUUUCUUUUGCUCUCACUAGUAGUCUGUUUAUCCUCUGAACACUGACACAUUGCAUAAUUAUUAAUUUUUCAUAUAAGUUUUUUUGGGAAAGUCAUCUGUAACAGUUCUGUAACAACCCAGUCCUUUGCCAGGUUUUUUUGGUAUAAUUAUGGACUAGAGAAAAAAUUAUUGGUGUGUAUUCUGCAGCUAUUUGUCCUGACAACUUGUCGUGACUGACUAAGCCUGUAGAUCAAUUGGCAUGAGAGAAACAACAAUUCUUUGGCUGUUGCCUCAGUUUAUUCACACAGUAAAACAAUGAAUUAUUUGUGAUAGUAUUUAUUCAAUAUUUGUGUUUUCUGUAGUUAUUUUUUCAAAACAACCAAGGCAAUGAAGAAACAACUGUUGUGGAGUAUAUUGGAUUUAUUGGCAGCCCUCUGGAUUCAACCAAUAUGGAGGAAUUUAAAAGGGUAAGAAACCUCCAGUUACAUUGUUAACAAAGAUUGGUUACUUUGUCCAUUUUAUUGUUAUUUUACUUAAUUUACUACUGUUUUUCUUUAUUUUACUGUUAUAAAUUUGUCACAUAUUUAUCUAAAUGUUUGUUUUAACAAUUAUAUUGUAAUAAUCAAAAAAGUAAUUUGUUUUUAAUUAUUUAUUCUUGUCAGGUGGCUGGUAAAAAAGGUGACAGACACUAACUCUGCACCAGUGCACUUUUUACCCAAAUGCUUCAGCAAAUGCCCAUCUGGAUGUGCUUGUCUGUGCAAUACUCAAGUAGAAUAAUUAGAUACCCUUUUGUGAAAUUCUCUCAUAAGCCAUCAGUAAUCUCAUGUCACAGAAUAUUCAAAGUCUCAAAGGAAACUUAUUCAAAUUCAUUGAUUGCUGGUGCAGAUGGUUAAUUGGAAAUUGCUUUCAAAGAAACUCUUUGCCAUUAAAAUAUUACAUAUAGUAACUGUUUUGCCAUGUGUUUUUAUGAUCAGCCCACAAAUACACAUACAAUCACCUACACUUACAUUGACAUGUAACUUAUUUAAGGUGUCAAACUUUUUACAGCUCUAGCCUUCUUGCUUACAGAAAACUAAUUUGAAACUUAGAAAAGACACCAUGUAGAUUCCAAGUACCAAGAAUGAGAGCAUGCGUUUAGAAAGAUUCCAGUCUAAAAUUUAAGUAAGAAUGCAUCCUAUAAACCACAUUUGCAUCAUACUUACCACCAUCAAUAUUAGUCUCCAUCAGUACUGGAAAAACAUAGUGAAAGCCUGCUUCAUAAUAACGCAAAAAUACCACUGAUUCUUUUUCUCAGUGAACCAGCAACUGACUCAAGUUUAACAAAUAACAAAUAAAAGUGGCAGCUGCAAUGAGUAAACCUGACACUCUUGAGGAAACUAGAUUGAAAAAGAAAUAGCUUUUGCCAGAAUAGAAUAUAUAUAUAUAUAAAAUCUUGAUUAUAGUCUAUCCUUGCAGUACAGUGCUCGAUGUGUUCACAGAGCGUGGUAUAUCUGAAGGUUCAAGUAAUCAGUAAAGACAUAACUUUUCUGCGACUCUGAGUUUGACGUUUAAACGAUCAUCA